GGCGAUAGAUUCGAGAUUAACCCAGAGGAAAUAUCCGUAACAUUUGAUGACGUCAAAGGGAUGGAGGAAGCCAAGCAGGAGCUGAAAGAUAUCGUAGAAUAUCUCAGAGAUCCUGAGAAGUUUAAAGUUCUUGGGGCCAAACUACCUAAAGGCGUACUAUUAGUCGGACCCCCUGGAAUUGGAAAAUCCCUACUGGCACGAGCCGUGGCGGGGGAGAGUGGUGUGCCAUUCUUUCACGCGUCCGGCUCUGAAUUCGACGAGAUAUUUGUUGGCACUGGUGCUAAAAGAGUCAGGCAGUUGUUUGAUGCGGCAAAGGCCAGAGCACCCUGCAUUGUGUUCAUUGAUGAGAUCGACUCGGUCGGAGCCAAGAGGACUAGUUCCCAGAUUCAUCCGUACGCCAACCAGACCAUAAAUCAACUGCUUUCUGAGAUGGAUGGCUUCCAGCAGAAUGAGGGUAUUAUUGUCCUUGGGGCCACAAACAGGAGAGAUAAUCUCGACAAAGCCAUACUGAGGCCAGGUCGUUUCGACGUUGAAGUUCGCGUUUUCCCGCCUGAUCUGAAGGGAAGAAUUGAAAUUUUGGAGCACUAUCUCUCAAAGGUAAAGAGAGGAUCGGACGUCAAUGUGGACAAACUGGCGCGUAGUACGACAGGCUGCACGGGGGCCGACUUGGAGAAUUUGGUGAAUCAGGCGGCCCUGAAAGCUGCUAUGGAUGGUGAUCCCCACGUUGCUAUGUCGCAUUUGGAACAUGCUAGGGAUAAAGUUUUAAUGGGCCCAGCCAAAAAGACCAAGAUCCCAGACGAGGCUACUAAUUUGAUGACGGCCUACCAUGAAGCCGGUCACACGCUGGUUGCCUACUAUACAAAAGAUGCAACGCCGCUGAACAAGGUGACCAUCAUCCCGCGAGGAACCAGCCUUGGACAUACAUCAUUUGUCCCUGACAAAGAGCAGUACAACUUGACGAGAUCUCAGUUACUGGCUCAGCUGGAUGUCGCCAUGGGAGGCAGAGUAGCCGAGGAGCUGGUGUAUGGCCCUGAUAACGUGACCACUGGAGCUCAAGCUGAUUUUUCCCAAGCAACUGCAAUCGCUACUGCUAUGGUCAAACAGUAUGGAAUGUCAGAAAAGGUUGGAGUUAGAGUGUUUCAUGAGGAAGAUGUGGAUACUGGAUUAUCCUUUGUGAAGUUGAACGAGGUUGGACCAGCCACCACUGAACUGGUCGACAAUGAAAUAAAGAGAUUGUUACAAGAGUCAUAUGAAAGGGCCCGUUCGUUAUUAAAAUCGCACGCAACGGAGCACAAAAACCUGGCCCAGGCCCUCAUGAAACAUGAAAUUCUAGACGCAGAAGAAGUAAAAACCAUCGUGGAAGGUAGACCACUACAGCCUAAAAACUCCCCAUCCAAAGUCAAAUCUAACAUCAAUGGUCCCCAUGUUCCUGUUAAAAUUUCGGUUUAA